UAGUUGCUGUACAGGAUGGUGAAGAGGAGCAUUUCACAUCUCAAUGAAAUUACACGAAAAACGGUAUUCUCCGUUACCGUCACACAAUGUGUCAACCGAGAAAGUUAACUUGAUCGGGUUUAUGAAAUAAUUGAAGAAUUGUACGAUUCCUCAUUUUUGAAGGUGGAAAUUUAUUCAGUGAUACUAAUAGUGAUGAAAACUCUGUGGUUUAUUAAAAAAUUUAAUCCAAGGUCCCAAUAUCUACUAAUUUUCACUCAGGUAAACUGGGCUAAAGCAGAUGCUGAUUUUGGCAACCGUUUGGAACCCCAUGAGGUACCUGUGCAACCGAUCGAAACCAUUUGGCCUACGGAUGAAGGAAAAUUAUACACAUUAAUGUUGCUAGAUUUGGAUGCACCCACCCCGAAAUUGCCAGUAUUAAGGGAAUAUUUACACUGGCUCGUUGUAAAUAUUCCAGAGGACUAUUUUAUGAAAGGUGAAUGUAUCGCUCCAUAUUUAAGUCCGGAUACCAGAGAUAAUCCUCAUCGACUAGUUUUUUUGGUAUUCGAGCAACCAACGCCCACCCACAUUAAUUUUGAGGUGGUUACCAAAAAAGCACAGUUGGAGCAUGACGUAAGAGGAAAGUUUUCGUGGAGGGAGUUUGCAAAAAGGUGGGAACUAGGAGCUCCUCUCGCAAUCAACUUUUUUCAAAUAGAAAGACCAGAUCCUUCGGAUCGAAGGGCGCAGAUAAACCCAACAGACUCGGAAAAUGAAGGAGGCUGGUUUAACUUUUAAGACUGUGGAUUUAUAUUUACUUAACAAUAAACACAAAUAUAUACAUUAAUAUACACAUUAAACAAUAUACACAUUAAAUACUAAAAA